GGGCAGCCUCCUAAGCAUCGUCCGUAAAACUCACACCAACAGGUCCUUCCUUCCUUCCUACCACUUGCGAGCGGCGCGUGCCCUCCGCGCAUGCUCACAAUUAGACAUCCCAGCGACCCGCCAGCAAAAUUCGGCAGCAUCUCUGGAAUACUACCUGAACAUUUGUUGGGGGUACCAUGUCGAAGAAACGCAAAUGGGAUGAUGACUAUGUUCGUUACUGGUUCACCUGUACAACGGAGGUUGAUGGAACUCAGCGCCCACAAUGUGUAUUGUGUAACUCGGUAUUUUCAAAUGCUGACCUCAGACCAUCAAAACUGUCUGACCACUUCAACAGACAGCAUGGUGGGGUCGGUGGGCACGACCUCAAUAGCCUGAAGCAUAUGCCCACACCAUCUGACCAGAACCAAGCCGUGAAAGCACCUGGAGUUACAUCUUCAGAGGAUACCUUACUACAAGCAUCCUAUCAGUUUGCGUAUUUAUGUGCCAAAGAGAAGAAUCCUCACACAAUAGCUGAAAAAUUAGUGAAACCUUGUGCAUUGGAAAUAGCACAUAUAGUUUUGGGGCCAGAUGCACAAAAGAAGCUUCAGCAGGUCCCCUUAUCAGAUGAUGUGAUCCAUUCAAGAAUUGAUGAAAUGAGCAAGGAUAUCUUACAGCAAGUUCUAGAAGAUAUCAAAGCCAGUCCUCUUCAAGUGGGUAUUCAGCUUGCUGAGACCACGGACAUGGAUGACUGCAGUCAGCUAAUGGCAUUUGUGCGAUACAUAAAAGAAAGAGAGAUCGUAGAAGAAUUCCUGUUCUGUGAACCAUUGCAAUUAACAAUGAAAGGAAAGGAUGUGUUCAAUCUCUUCAGAGACUUCUUUUUGAAGCAUAAGAUAGCACUCGAUGCAUGUGGCUCUGUUUGUACUGAUGGUGCGUCAUCUAUGUUAGGAGAAAAUUCAGAAUUUGUUGCUUGCGUGAAAAAAGAAAUACCUCAUAUUGUGAUCACACAUUGCCUGUUGAACCCUCACGAACUUGUCACAAAGACAUUGCCUGCAAAGCUGAGGGAUGCUCUGUUUACUGUUGUAAGGGUAAUAAAUUUCAUCAAGGGGCGAGCUCCGAAUCAUCGCCUGUUUCAGGCUUUUUUUGAAGAGAUUGGAAUUGAGUAUAACGUCCUCCUUUUCCACACGGAAAUGAGGUGGCUUUCCCGAGGCCAAAUACUUACUCAUAUUUUUGAGAUGUAUGAAGAAAUAAAUCAGUUUCUUCACCACCAAAGCAGUAAUUUAGUUAAUGGCUUUGAAAAUAAAGAGUUUAAAAUUCACCUAGCCUACCUUGCAGAUUUAUUCAAACACCUCAAUGAACUUGGCGCAUCUAUGCAAAGGACUGGGAUGAAUACAGUAUCAGCUAGAGAGAAGUUAUCUGCUUUUGUUAGGAAGUUUCCAUUCUGGCUGAAGCGAAUUGAGAAAAGAAAUUUUACUAACUUUCCUUUUCUUGAAGAAAUAAUCGUUUCAGAGGAUGAAGCAGGAAGCAUUGCAGCUGAAAUAACACUGCAUCUGCAGCUGCUGAACAGCUCCUUCCAUGGAUAUUUUUCUGUGGGAGAUCUUGAUGAAGCGAGUAAAUGGAUAUUGGAUCCAUUUCUUUUUAACCUGGAUUUUGUUGAUGAUGGUUAUUUAAUGAAAAAUGAUCUUGCUGAAUUACGAGCUAGUGGCCAAAUUUUAAUGGAGUUUGAGACAAUGAAGCUUGAGGAUUUCUGGAGUGUGCAAUUCACAGUGUUUCCAAACCUGGCAAAGACAGCUCUAGAAAUCCUUAUACCAUUUGCCUCAACAUACCUUUGUGAGUUGGGAUUUUCAACACUUUUACAUUUUAAAACAAAGUCCAGAAGCUGCUUUAACAUGAGUGAUGACAUUCGUGUGGCUAUUUCCAAAAAAGUUCCUCGUUUCUCAGACAUCAUUGAACAAAAGCUACAGCUACAGCAGAAAUCACUGUAAACUGCUAUGCUUUUUUAAUGUAUAAGUUUUAAUACAUUCUUAAUUCUGCUGUAAAAUUAAGCUACCAAUUCUGUUUCUUUCCUUUUAUGGUCUACUGAAUCCUAUGAUUAAAAAAUUUAGCAUCUUUAAUUUUUAAUAAGAAGAAUGCAAGCAGCAGGAAAGAUGUAAGUACCACUACCUAGUUGAUACAUAGGAUUCUUCUAAGUGUCUGUCUAACCCGUUGAUGUGAUACAUUAGAAAAGACACCAAGCACUAGAAUAUCCAGCUAAAUGGUGCAGCAUUCUAAGGAAUGGAGC